AUGGGAAACUGCUGUGGCUCUGAAUCACCAAGUAGGAUCACCGAGGUGGUGGUAUUUGACCCAGAGACGAGACAAGCCGCCAGAGUGCGAAUAUCACCGAGUGACGAUCGUCUCACAGGGCACCAAAGGAAGACAGUGCCCGCGCACUGGAACGCAUACGAGAUCUUCUGUGAAAACCCUCAAGCUGAAGCUCCAAACAGAAGGUACGACGUCAAGCCCGAUAAGACGCCCAGGCAUCCUCAAGUGUGGAUCGGAACCGUCAGAUUGAGAGACUAUUGGAGAUCUGAGACGGACAGGGCCUUGUACUUUGGCCAAAUACCCAACUAG